AUGCGUGCAGUGAGCUUAGGCAACGCCAUAGGCACAACGGGUGGCCUAGGCGACACCCUUGGCACGGCUGAAGGUGACGCUUUACUAAGUGAGCUUGGAGUUGAGGAGGCGCCAGAUGAGGUAGGAUGGGCGAUGUGCGUAGGCGUAGGAGGCUGUGCUAGGCAGGCGAGGCAACGCACUCAGGCGCAGGAGACUGGGCCAAGCAAGCGAGGUAGGGUGACAUCCGAGCAGGCACAGAAGGCGGUGCCAGGCAGGCGAGCCAAGGCGACACCCACGUAG